CGUCCCGAGCGUACAGUCGGGGAACUGUCGUUGUCCUUUGACGAUCGCGGGAACGUGCUUCGAUCGUUCUUACAUCCUGGUUGAUCGAGGAUCGCCUCGGUCGAUUGACCGCCGUCGCGUUCAUUCCACUGGACGGAAUCGUUGGUGAACAUUGUAACUUUUACAUUUUAGUUGUGUCUGAUUUCGGAUGUAAAACUUGGAAGUGGUGAAGACGGAGGAUUCGAUCGGAGCAAAGUUAAUCGAUAGCGCGCGUGUUUGUUCGUUUCGCUAUCGCGUGUGAUUGCUCUUAGGAUGCGCUGGAGGGACGUGAUUUUUUAUAAAAGCUUGACCUAAUCAAGAGGCGCGAGUCGACCGGAACUGUGGUUCCACCUUGGAACAUCGCGAGUUCUCAACCUGUGAUCCGUUUCGAUGGAAGGUCGUUCGGAAGGGUCUUCUGGAGAACAUUUCCGGUGGAUGCUGAUCGACGCUCUGACCGAUAAAUCGCUUUCAGAUCCGAACGGGCGUGCGUGCGCGGACAAACAUCGGUGUGGACCAUUUCGCGAGUGGGAGGACGACCUUGAAAGUUCGUACGGGCUGUCGGAGGAAACGGGGGACUCUGUUGGUGUGUCUGUUCGUUGCGGAUGCGUAUCUUACGCGGAUCAUACUUGUGCCACCGGGUUCGUCAAGUUGCAGCCAAAAAUACUGGUGCUUGUUAAGGGAAGCAAAGGAACGUCUUUCAAUAUCGUACCCAGGAUGGCGACUAUCUUCGUCGUCUUGUGCCUCCUGCUGCUAGACACGCGACCAACGGUUGCAGCUAACAAUGUUACAGUCGUUUCAGUUACCAGCGUACCGGAUCCUGAGUUCAUUGAUGAAAUAGGAAAUAUCACAGUGCCAGCAGGACGUACUGUAAAAUUAGCUUGCAGUGUCAAGGACUUGGGGCCAUAUAAGGUGGCCUGGAUGCUUUUCGACAAGAGCGCUAUCCUGACAGUACAAAGUCACGUUAUUACCAGGAACCCCAGGAUAUCCGUGACACAUGAUAAGCAUAGGACCUGGUUCCUACAUAUCAAAGAUGUACGGGAGGACGACAAGGGAAAGUACAUGUGCCAGAUUAAUACAGCGACCGCGAAAACACAAUAUGGCUAUCUGCACGUCGUAGUGCCUCCAAAUAUAGAGGACUACCAGUCCUCGUCAGAUGUCAUUGUGCGAGAAGGUGCGAACGUGAGUCUAACGUGCAAAGCGACUGGAAGCCCUAAACCAGCUAUAAGCUGGAAAAGAGACGAUAGUUCAAAAAUCUCAAUUAACAAAACGUAUUCUGUAUUGGAGUGGAAAGGCGAGACGCUGGAAAUCACACGGAUCUCAAGACUGGACAUGGGCGUUUAUUUAUGCAUCGCAACGAAUGGCGUCCCUCCGACUGUGAGCAAACAGAUCAAAGUUUCCGUCGACUUCCCCCCUAUGCUGUGGAUACCGCACCAAUUGGUUGGUGCACCCUCGGACCAUACGGUUACGCUGGAAUGCCACACAGAGGCUCAUCCGACUUCUUUGAAUUACUGGACCAGGGAGGAUGGCCUGAUGAUUCAGGGGAGCAAGAAGUACAAGACUACUUCGACGCCGGAGAAACCCUCGUACAAGACGCAUAUGACGCUUACGAUAUACGAUUUGCAGGAGGAGGAUUACGGUAGCUACAAGUGCGUCGCGAAAAAUCCACGUGGAGAGACCGACGGCACAAUUCGUUUGUACAUGUCUUCACCGCCGAGUACCAGCCCAAGCCCAUCUACCACAGAGAUGCCGAAGAAAGAUUGGGAGCUGAUGGCUGAAAUGAAUAACUCUAUUUACGGAAAUCCAAGCUCGCUGACGAUUCACAACGAGAAAAAUAUCAAAUCAGGUAAUAAAUUCCAGUCGAACCUCAGCGAGAUCGGCAAGUCUGAGCAAAAAUCGAGCGACCUAGAUAGGAAAAGAAACUACAAUUGGACCCCAGACAGCGACUCAGCCGUCAACAUGACAACGACUGGACUGCUUCUGAUGAUCGCUUUGAUCGCGGUGUCGAUCAUUCGAUAAGCAAAUAGAAAUAGACGCGUCGGACGUCGAUCAUCUGGAUUUCAUUCGCGAAAUAUAAAAGAAUAAGAAGUCAGAAACCAAUACGACUGUAAGAAAGACACAGAUGGCACACGACAACAUUAGCACACAUAUAUACACGUACAUGAGAAAGAAGGAAGAAUGACUGAGUAGUUAGUGUCAUAUUAAAACACGAAUGAGGAAAAAGAUUAAUAAUAAGAAUAAUAAUUACGCGUGCCAAGUCAGUGUAGCGCAGUGUCCAAAAAGACAAAUGAAAUGAGAAAUCGUGCAAUAGAAAAUGAAUAUCUAUCGAUUGAUCGAUAUGCACGAGACAUGAAAGGUAAAGAAGGGUGGGCAAAUCACAAAGUGCAACGACUAUCGCUUUCAAUGUAACAUAUUGUAUAACGCCAAAUGUCGCCACGAAGAACGCGCCAACGAUCUCGAGCUCCGCUGAAAGUCUUCAACCUGUUCGGGUUCAAAACUAAUCUCGCGGAAUUCUAUUUUAGAAUUUCUUUACUUGAAUCUGACUUUUUUUUUUAUUCCAUACCAGAAUAAAACUGGUUUUCUUAAAGUUAAUAUUUCGUCUUCCGAACCAGCAACUUCAAAAUUAUUUUCAUAAUCGAUGUUUCCUUCUGCACUGAUAACAAAAGAACAAAGACCAGUGAUGCAAGCGUAAACUGUCCCCGCCAUCGAUUUCGUUCUUCUAUUUUUCCUCCUUGAAUGAUUCUCUCCCCCUCUUUAUUCUGCCUGCGAAGUGUUCCUUCUCCACCAUCCCUUAGCUCAGUUUUUCUCUUUUCUUUCUAACAGCCGUUCCUUACACCAAAUCGGGGAUCGCAUCUGGAUAGUUGAGAUUAAAACGUCAGAUUCGGCAUAGAGGACGUUCUUCCAUGAAAAAACAAAGAAAAAAAAGAAAUGGAGAGUACAAACGUCAAACGAACAUCAAAUGUAAAGGAAUAUUAAAGGCGGAAUAUCAUCAAUUGAAAAUAUCUUUAAAUUCGAAGGAUAGAAUACUGACCGAUAAUAUUUUUGUUACAUUCUGGUUACAUAUUCUUCUUAUCGAGUAUUUUUUAUUAAGUUUUGAAUACAUUUUAUUGAUUAUCAUUUAAUUUAUUUUUCAUAAACACGAUUAGUAAAUAAUUAAGGUUUUGCACUCGCACAGGUUCGACGAUGUAAUUUUAGAAUAAAUUAAACUAGGGAUCUGCGAUUACCAAGGAAUUAAUUAAAUGAAGGAAAAGGGAAAAAAGAGAAAAGCGACGCACCGAGGCAUUUUUUCGUCAUGAUUAAAUUUCGUUGAGGUGUCCACGUUGACCAGACAGCUGCUCAAAUUCUACGUAUAGUAUCGAGAUGAAAGGAAUAUCGAAACGCUUAAAACGAAAAAAAUGAAAAACAGAGUAUAUAUAAAUAACGUGUAGGUAUCGAUUAAGUGACGAUGAAAACGUUUAGACAUAAAGAAAUUUUAUUCCUACUGCCGGAGCUUCAUUAGUUUUGCAUUAGGACGUAAAGCGUUUUUAUCGAAUCCUAAAAACACCAAAACCCUUUCACGAAUAAUUUUGCAAGAUUAUCGACGACGAGAAAUACCACUCACAAAAUUUCGAUUUCAAACCAGCUUUAACCAUUGAUUGUAAUCACGAACGUUAAUUUUGACGAUUUACGUUCAAAAAAAAAAAAAAGAAAAAAUGAAAAUAAAAUAUAAAAUAAUGUUGCUGCCUGCUGGAGCAAUUUUUACAAUGGAAAUUAAUAGCGCGAAAUAAAAGGUAUCGUGCGGAACCUUUUAAUCGAUUUUAAUCCAUCAAGGGCGCUACAACCUCGAAUACCCGGAAACGCAAAUUAACUGUAAUUCCGCACGCAUUAAAAUGUCCCUGAAAAAGACCUUUUCGAGGAAUAGGUAUGUAUCGGUAUUUCAAUGAAAAGGAAAAUAGCUAAAUAAUAACUAUGAGUAGGAAUGAAAAUUCCGUUUCAAUUACAUAGAGAGAUUACAUAUUUUGAAAUUCAAAUAGUUUUUAAUUGUUUCUAAUCGUAAAGAUAAUCAAAAAUAUCACGAAAUAUAUACAUCUGGAGUGCUGCAAAAAUUUCUUCAAUACGAAUUCCUAAUAUUAGGUUGUCCGAAAAGUUUCUUUCGUUUUAUAAGAAAAUAAUAGACGCACAACGUUUUCAUGUUUUAUAUUAUUUCGUCGAAUUACGUACAAUCC